CUGCGCUUUGCGCGGAAUUUGCUUGGAGAGCUGAGGAAAGCUUUCCGAAAUCCAGCGUUAGAUAUUAAGUAAUAGGGCUGAAACAUCGCUACCUAAUCUCAUAGGACUAUUAAAAGGUGGCGUGGAGCACCGACUUCUCCACUUCGGGAGCUCCCUGUGCUGAACCAGGCGCCCCUCUCGCCCCUCUCGCGAGCGCACACCGACCCCAUCCGCCGCUUAUUUCCACUGAAGUUCUUCGCCGGUUUUGUGCGCGACGCUGAGACCGUGUCGAUCCGCAGGAAGGCGUUUUCGCUCCGCUGCGUGUCCGCCUGCCUUUACGCGUUGGAAAUGUGGUGGAUGCUGUUCCCCCGCUGGAUCUGGUUUUUGUUUGGGCAGCUCUGCGUCCUGCGCCCGGUCAGGGCGAUGACUAUCUCCAAAGUGGUGUAUUCCCACGCGGGCAUGUGUCCCAAUGAGAUGAAUCCCAACCUCUGGGUGGACGCCAUGAGUACCUGCAUGCGCGAGUGCGAAUCCGAUCAGGACUGUGAGACCUUUGAGAAAUGCUGUUUAAACGUGUGUGGAAGCAAGAGCUGCGUGGCUGCAAGGUAUAUGGACAUAAAGGGGAACAAAGGACCAAUGGGAAUGCCAAAGGAGGCCACUUGCGACAAGUUCAUGUGUACGCAGCAGGGCUCCGAAUGUGACAUCUGGGAUGGGCAGCCAGUGUGCAAGUGUCGAGACCGCUGUGAACGGGAACCUCAUUUCACCUGUGCCUCGGAUGGCAUGACCUACUACAACAAAUGUUACAUGGAUGCAGAGGCCUGUUCUAAGGGUGUGACCCUCACUGAGGUCACCUGCCGGUACCACCUCAUGUGGCCCAAUACCAGCCCUCUACCCGAGGAAACAACCAUGCAUCCCACCACGGUUCACCUGGAGACAACUCCUAUGGACAUUCAGCCCCCAACCAUGAUCAGCAAUCCAGCGCACAACUUUGUGUUCGUGGGUGAGACGGCAAGCUUCUUGUGUGAAGUGACUGGUAAGCCCAAACCAGAGAUUACCUGGGAGAAGCAGAUAGAGGGGAAGGAGAACACGGUUAUGCGGCCCAACCACGUACGAGGCAACGUAGUUGUGACUAACAUUGCCCAGCUUGUGAUCUACAAUGCACAGCUUCAGGAUGCUGGUAUCUACACCUGCACCGCCAAGAAUCUAGGUGGAUCUGUACAAACUCACUUCCCAUUGUCUGUCAUCCGUAGGGAGCAGGGAAAGGAUGACGGCUGGGCAAACUCCACUCGUCUGCCUGCUGAGGAGUGCCUGAAAGCACCUGACAUGGGUGACUGUGGGGAGGAGAGCAUCAGCUGGUACUAUGAAGCCAAACGCAACAACUGCUUCACCUUCACCUACAGCCAGUGCAACAAAAACAGGAAUCACUUUGACACAUAUGAGUCAUGCAUGCUUUCCUGUGGUGCAGAACUGGCAGCCCCCUGCUCCCUGCCCAGCCUUCAGGGACCCUGUAAAGCCUAUGAGCCACGCUGGUCAUACAACCAUCUCCUUAAGCAGUGCCAGUCAUUUGUCUAUGGUGGCUGUGGUGGCAAUGAGAACAAUUUUGAAAGCAAGGAGGCCUGUGAGGAGAUGUGUCCCUUCCCCAAGAACCACAACUGCAAGCUGUGCAAGCCACGGCAGAGGAUGGUCACCAGCUUCUGCAAGAGUGACUUUGUGAUCUUGGGCCGUAUGACAGAGCUGACAGAGGACCAGGACUCGGGUCAUGCGCUCAUCACUGUAGAGGAGAUCCUGAAAGACGAGAAAAUGGGCCUGAAAUUCUUUGGUCAGGAGCCACUGGAGGUGACACUGCUUAACAUGGACUGGAACUGUCCAUGUCCCAACAUCACUAAUGCAGAGGGCCAACUGAUUAUCAUGGGGGAGGUGCACAACGGCAUGGCAGUGUUGCAGCCUGAUAGCUUUGUUGGCAGCUCCAGCAGUCGCCGUGUACGCAAGCUCCGCGAGGUCAUCAACAAGAAGACAUGUGCCUUUCUCAAGGAGUUUGGCAACACACAAUAGCCAGUGCUGUUCCUUUGCUAUGGACUCACUGGAGACACAAUGGCUGUCUUUUUUCUGCCUGUCCUUUGCAAUAAAGACAGAAUGAGCCACAGGCAUAUUUUGAAAUAAUCAUGCUCCAUAAUUUAGCACUUGGAUUGUUUGGAGAAGCAAUGCAAAAAACUCUAUAAAUUUCCUAAUAAAAUGAUUACACAGGUAACGCCAUUGUACAAACUGAAAUGAUUACCUAUUUACAUGUUUAUACUAUAGUCUGAAGUCUUUUUGAGCACUUAUGUUGUACAAAGUUGGAAAGAUCUUUUUUAUAUGACUAAAACUUAAGCUCUCAUUACAGGAUAUUCUAAAUGCCUCAUAGGCAAUCACUUAAGCUAUUUCUAAUGGCCUUCAGGUCAAGUAUGAAAAAGUGGCAAACCUUUCUAACUUUCCAUAUGUUUACUCUUAGUUAUUUUAUUGUCAAUUUGAAUCAAGAAAUGUUCCGUGUAUGUUCUUGCACCUUGGAAUGAAGUUUUAGUAUAUUUACCCUCACUUUGAUUGAUUAUUUUAUAUUGUACUUAUUUAUUUUACCAGCCUAACUUUUCAUACCUACCAUGAACUGAAUGAUUAAGUAGUCCUUAAAAUGCUUUAUAAAGUAUGUGUGUUGUCAAAAUAUUAUGAGAUAACUUUGAAUUAACAAAAUUACUGAUUUUAUUGUCCGUGUAAAUGUAAAUAACACUUAUGAGAAAAAAAGGUGAUUAAAGUACAUUUUCUGCA